UCUGUCUCUCUCUCUCUCGCUCUCGUUCUCUCUCUCUCUCUCUCUCUCUCCGGACGAAAAAACAAGUGCACCCCGGGGCAACUUUCUGAUCGGAGCGGAGACUUCGACGGGCAGCAGAGAAGCGAAAGCUUAAGCGCAGAGGGCCGAGAUGGGAGGGAAAGUGAUCUCUGGGCAGAUUUGCUGGAAGGUUGAUGUUGCUGUCUUGCUGACGCUGAGCCUGUUCGCUUGUGGCCUGGCGAUGGAGAUGGAAGAGUCCAGUUGGCAGGCAGACAGUCGCUUUUACAUCAAACCCCCUCACUGCGUGGACAUCCCCUUCGACUUGCGGCUUUGCUACAACGUGGGCUACGGCAAGAUGAGGUUGCCCAACCUGCUGGACCACGAGACCAUGGACGAGGUCAUGCAACAAGCCAGCAGCUGGGUGCCUUUGCUGAACAAGAAUUGCCAUCCCAACACCCAACUGUUCCUCUGCUCCCUCUACGCCCCCAUCUGCCUGGAUAGACCGAUCUACCCGUGUCGCUCCCUGUGCACGGUGGUCAGAGACGCCUGCACACCUGUGAUGGAGUUCUUUGGCUUCCCCUGGCCAGACAUGCUGCGCUGCGACAAGUUCCCGCUGGACAAUGACCUCUGCAUUGCCUUCCCCAACCCCAACGCCACGGUUCCCGCAAACCCACAAGCUUCGGAAGUUUGUCCGCCCUGCGACAACGAAAUGAACACAGACAUCAUCCUGGAUCACCUGUGCGCCAGCGAGUUUGCUCUGAAGAUGAAGAUCAAAGAGGUGAAGAAGGAGAACGGGGACAGGAAGAUAAUCCCGCAGAAGAAGAAAAAAGCCCUCAAACUCGGGCCACUCAAGAAAAAAGACCUGAAGAAACUGACCUUGUACAUUAAGAAUGGCGCGGAGUGUCCAUGUCACCAACUGGACAAUCUGAACACUAACUUUCUCAUCAUGGGACGCAAGGUCAACAAACAGAACCUCCUGACCGUAAUCCACAGGUGGGACAAAAAGAGCAAGGAGGUCAAAAAAGCUGUGAAGAAAAUGAAAUCGCACGUGUGUCCCACAUAUCAGGGCGUCUUCAAAUGAUUCCCCCC